AUGGCGCAGAGAGAUCAGCUGGACCGAGAAACCUUCUCCUGUUCGAUCUGUCUGGAUCUACUGAAGGAUCCGGUGACUACUACCUGUGGACACAGCUACUGUAUGAGCUGUAUUAAAGGAUUCUGGGAUGGAGAAGAUCAGAUGAAGAUCUACAGCUGCCCUCAGUGCAGAGAGGCCUUCACACCGAGGCCUGUCCUGAAGAAAAACACCAUGUUAGCAGCUUUAGUGGAGCAGCUGAAGAAGACUGGACUCCAAGCUGCUCCUGCUGAUCACUUCUAUGCUGGACCUGAAGAUGUGGCCUGUGAUUUCUGCACUGGGAGGAAGCUGAAAGCCUUCAAGUCCUGUCUGGUGUGUCUGGCCUCUUACUGUGAGAAUCACCUCCAGUCUCACUAUGAAUCACCUACAUUUAAAAAACACAAGCUGGUGGAGCCCUCCAAGAAGCUCCAGGAGAACAUCUGCUCUCAUCAUGAUGAGGUGAUGAAGAUAUUCUGCCGUACAGAUAAGAAGAGUAUCUGUUAUCUGUGCACUAUGGAGGAUCAUAAAGGCCACGACACAGUCCCAGCUGCAGCAGAAAGGACUGAGAGGCAGAGAGAGCUCGAGGUGAGUCGACUAAACAUCCAGCAGAGAAUCCAGGACAGAGAGAAAGAUGUGAAGCUGCUUCAACAGGAGGUGGAGGCCGUCAGUCGCUCUGCUGAUAAAGCAGUGGAGGACAGUGAGAAGAUCUUCACUCAGCUGAUCCGUCUCCUCCAGAAAAGAAGCUCUGAUGUGAAGCAGCAGAUCAGAUCCCAGCAGGAAACUGAAGUGAGUGGAGUCAAAGAGCUUCAGGAGAAGCUGCAGCAGGAGAUCACUGAGCUGAAGAGGAAAGACGCUGAACUGAAGCAGCUCUCACACACAGAGGAUCACAACCAGUUUCUACACAACUACCCCUCAGUGUCACAACUCAGUGAACCUACAGACUCAUCCAGCAUCAAUAUCCGUCCUCUCAGAUACUUUGAGGAUGUGACAGCAGCUGUGUCAGAGCUCAGAGAUAAACUACAGGACAUCCUGAGGGACGAAUGGACAAACAUCUCACUGGCAGUGACUCAAGUGGACGUUUUACUGCCACAACCACCCAAGACCAGAGCUGAGUUCUUAAAAUAUUCACGUGAAAUCACUCUGGAUCCAAACACAGUAUACACAUGGCUGUUAUUAUCUAAGGGGAACAGAAAAGUAGAAUAUAAAGGUCCACAGUCUUAUUCUAGUCAUUCAGACAGAUUCACUAACUAUCCUCAGGUCCUGAGUAGAGAGAGUCUGACUGGACGUUGUUACUGGGAGGUGGAGUGGAGAGGAUGGUUAACGGGAUGGUCCACAGGAGUUUAUGUAGCAGUCGCAUACAAGAAUACCAGCAGAGCAGGAAAUGAAUCUCUAUUUGGACGUAAUGACAAAUCUUGGUCUUUACAUUGUGACACUAACUGUUAUGUAUUUUACUUCAACAACAUUGAAACUCCCGUCUCAGGUCCUCGUUCCUCCAGAGUCGGAGUGUACCUGGAUCACGGAGCAGGUAUUCUGUCCUUCUACAGCGUCUCUGAAACCAUGACUCUCCUCCACAGAGUCCAGACCACAUUCACUCAGCCUCUCUAUGCUGAGAACAUCCUCGUCUCUCAGGUGAGGCUGCUGUCCCCCCCUAAACUGGAUUACUAUGGCAACCAGACCUUCAGCUCCAGACUGGACGACAGAGAGACGAGCAGCUCCGAGCCCCCGACCCUCAACCUGCCCCCCCACUGCAGGAAGAGCUCAGCGGAGGAGGAGGAAGAGGAAGAGGAGGACGUGAUAGUAGUCAGUAAGCCAGCGUGCCCUCCCCUCCCCUCCCCCUCCUCCUCCUCUUCCUCCUCCUCCUGCGUGGAGGUGGGGGUGUCGUCUCUGCUGUGGAGGGGGGAGCGUGAGGCGGAGCUGCUGAGCCGGCUGCAGCAGGAGGAGGAGGACCGGCGGCUGGCUCUGCUCCUGCAGAAGGAGCUGGACCAGGAGGAGAAGCAGAGAGCCUCCACCAGCCGGAGCAAAGGGUCCGCCGACGCUUACCCCACUACGACGGGGCAGCCGAGGGAAGAGCAAGGCCGGAGCGACCCCCCCCACCCCCAGCAGACCCCCCAAAUCUGCAAAGACCAGCAGCAGCAGCUCCACAUCUCCUUCUGUGUCAUCUCUCAGUCUGCAGCUCGGCUCGUCGCUGUGUUCAGAGGAAGUUUCAUCACCACGCUGAGGUUUCUGUGGUUUCGCUGUGGUCAUGUGACUCUGAAGGAGCCUGUCGUCUGCUCGUCAAACCAAACCGCCGUCCUCGUGGGUCCCAGACGUCCUCGUGGAUCCCAGACGUCCUCGUGGGUCCCAGACGUCCUCGUGGAUCCCAGACGUCCCGGUGGAUCCCAGACGUCCCCGAGCCUGAUGUCUGCUCGUCAAACCAAACCGCCGUCCUCAUGGGUCCCAGACGUCCUCGUGGGUCCCAGACGUCCUCGUGGGUCCCAGACGUCCCGGUGGAUCCCAGACGUCCCGGUGGGUCCCAGACGUCCUGUGUUUGACUGCGGCGGCUGA